UGAGAUGUGCGAGCUCCGCGAGAUUCCACAAUGUCAGCUGACCAUCGGUAGAUCUUAUAAACGGAACUCGCCAGAAAAACAAAAACAAAACCCGCAAAAAAUGACCAGAUACCUCAAAUAGUUGAGCGAGCUGUCUCCUUUGUAAGGCAGCAUGUGAAUCAUGCGCUAAACAAUUUUACCACAGCAGGAAUUAAACAAAGGAACUCGAGUCUUCUGAAAAGCAGCAGGUUCCAUGCCUGGUACAACCCGCAAGUGGAUUUCUGUGACGGGUAAAACCAUGCUAGCCACGGCUGUGGUUAGGUUUGCUCAACACAAUGGCAGCAUCACGACUCCGCCUCCGGAGAAUAUGUCGAUAUUUCCCACCUGGCUACCUGAUUCCGAAGCCAACAUCAGCAAGCCUCACAAAUGUUUACAAAUCCUGUAUGAGGAUGUUGGUGACUCCAGGGUUCGUUAUUGGGACAUUCUACUCCUCAUACCCAAUGUGGCGUUCUUUGUAUUCCUGAUGUGGAAGCUGCCUUCAGCCAGGGCAAAGAUUCGGAUCACAUCCAGCCCCAUCUUUAUCACCUUUUACAUACUGGUAUUUGUUGUAGCAGCAGUCGGAAUCACCCGGGCUAUUGUAUCAAUGACUGUUAGUGCAUCCAGCUCUGCAACCAUCAUCGACAAAGUUUUAUGGGAAAUCACCCGCUUCUUCUUACUGGCGAUUGAACUCAGUGUUGUCAUUCUUGGACUGGCUUUUGGUCACCUGGAAAGUAAUUCAAGUAUAAAGCGGGUGCUGGCUAUUACUGCUGUGCUUGCAUUAGCAUACUCCAUCACACAGGGCACUUUAGAGAUCCUGUACCCGGACAGUCACCUGUCUGCUGAGGACUUCAACAUCUACGGACAUGGAGGGCGACAUUUCUGGUUGGCCAGCUCCUGUUUCUUCUUCUUGGUGUACUCUCUGAUUGUGAUCUUGCCUAAAACUCCAGUGAGGGAGAGGAUAUCGCUGCCAUCUAAGAGGAGUUUCUAUGUGUAUGCUGCCACCCUGUCCUUAUUGAACUUCAUCCAGGGCCUGGGAAGUGCCCUUCUGUGUGCAGGAGUUGCAGAGGGACUCUGCUGUGUGGAUGUCACCACCUUCCUCUACUUCUCUGCAUUUGCACCUCUUAUCUACGUCACAUUCCUCAAAGGAUUCUUUGGCUCAGAACCCAAGAUCCUGUUCUCCUACAAGUCACAGGUGGACGAGGCAGAUGAAAGCGAUGUCAACCUUCCACCGACUGUCGCGUCAACCCUUGGCCGUCGGGAGCUUACCGACCAGGGCCUGUAUUAUUCCUCCACCCAAUUUGACGGCGCCAGUCCCAGUAGUACAGGAAUGGUUGGAGCGUAUCUAGACGACGUUGCCUCCGGACCCUUUGGAUCAAGCAGCAUCAACAGCAUUGAAGCUGAUCGCUGGAGGCCUAUUAACGUCUAAUUCUGUCGUUGUGAUGGUGUCGUCCAUUUGGACAUAAAUGUCUGUAAAUGAUGUGAAAAGUCAAAUGUAAAUAUUGUUCUUCUAUGAGACCAGAACAGUAUAGCUAUGGAUGAAUACAUAAGGAGGGAGAUUUUUCUAUCCAUUUAUUUUGAAGACCGUGACUCUGACACUUACUUUUCUUUUAAUUUAACACUGUUUCCAGCGUGCCCAUCUGCUGUAGCUGCUUGCUCAAGCUGACUUUUUCCAAUCUUCAUUCAUUCCCGCUUUUCUUCACCAAUUGCUUUGUCCUCAAUGAGGAAGAUUUCAUCAUUAGAACAGUGAAUGUAAAAUUUAUUUCAGAGACACUGAGUAUCAAUUAUACAUUCCCACAGAAAUGUUUCAGGAAUUUUCUCUGCUUCCAUGUAUUGGUUGUAUGGCCUAAACUGCCAUGUCUCAAUAUACACAGCAAUUUUGUGUGCUUUUGUGACUGGUAUGUUUUAUCUUUUAAACUAAAUACUGUUGUGUUAACAAAUGAAAGUGUUGUGUGUUGCUGUAUAAAAAGAAAAUGAAUUGAAAAUAACUUUCUGUGGUUCCACUGGGAGGAUAUUGGCUGUCGAUCUACUGACAAAGACCCCUAUGGUCUUAUCCUUUUUUGUUCUGUUUAUUGUGAGAUAUGAGAUUCCUAUUCCUGACUGCAUCAUCAGUGAAUCUAAUGAAAGGACUGAUAUGGGUCAUUUUAACAUCUUCAAGAUGCCAUCCAUGAUCCUCUUCAUCUGUGCUGGAAAUGCCUCACCUGAAUUUUUUAUAGUCAAGAGUAAAAGCUGCCUUGUAUUUGUUUCAUUAGUGGUUGUGGUAGUGCUUGGAAAUCCAUUGGAAUUGAUGUGAAAGGAUCUCUGAAUUAAAAGUCAAGUCUUCACCGUGGUACCCAGCAUGCUGAAAAGGACAAGGUUACAUUUGAAUGUGUUUCUAAGAUGAUGCAGUUUUCUAUUCAAAAUGUUUUGAAAAGUUUGAAAAGAGAUGUUGAGGUGGUUCUACACAGCAGUCAUUGAAUCAGUACUGUUUACCUCUUUCACACACUGGUUUGGUUUUUGCUACAUAAAAGGACAAACAUGGAUACGUGUGUGUGUGUGUAUAUCCAUGUAAUCCAUCCAUUUUUGGAGUCGCUUAAACUCACAAGGGUCACGAGGAGUGCUGGAGCCUAUCCCAGUUGUCAAC